UUUUUUUUUUGUCCCCAAAGCUUCUUAUUUUGUAAAAUUGCCUAUUUUCUCACAAAACCAAGAUUUUCCUCAUUUGACCACUACUAUCACAGUGUAGUUUAAGUGUAAAUAUAAAGUUGGUGGCCGAGAUAUCAAUGUAAAACUGAAAAUAAAAACGGUAAAAAGUAGCUAGGUUAAUUAGCCAACUUAGCUAGCUGUAGCCUUAGCUUGUUUUAGCUAACUGCCAAGUGGGCAGCUUUGUUUUCGGGGUGAAGGAGAUACGAAGAGCGCUGGUUAUCCAUCAGCUGGAAUAAGCUGUGUGCAGGAUGAACGUAGGAGUCCAGCAGUCGUUGUUUUUCCUCGGGCUCCCAGACCUGAAGAAGCUGUGCUGCAUCACUCUGACCCUGCAGGAGGACGAGGAGCUGAGGAGCAAACAGAUCAAGACCUGCAGAGAGCUGGUGCUGCUGUACUCUGAUGUUCUGGCCUCUCCGGCUCUGGACUCCUUCACUGAUAUCACGGCGGUCAUGGCUAUCCAGUUUUUCCAGAAGGGCGUCCUGCAGGUGUUUGGACAGAGACACAGUCUGCAGCUGGGCUCUCCUCAGUGUGUGUUUCCAGGUGUCCUCCAGUGUUGCCUGUCCUACUCUCUGAUCACCAGACUGGCUCCCAGCUGGAAUAAAGCAGGACUCUACCUCGUCACCGGAAAAGACUUUCUGACUGAGAGCGGGAGGCUCAACGCUGUCCGCAUGGAGCUGAGCAGCAGUGAGGGCCGACUGUGCAUCAGCAUUGAAGCCAACACCGUCAGACUGCCGCCAACCACACUGGAGGACUUUGACCUCCCGCCGUUAGUGCUGCGGAGGUUCUGCAGUGAUCCUGACUUCGUCCUCGACCCCACCUCCACCGGAAGAGCAAUCUGGUGUCACGUCCUGCCCAGCAUGAAGAAAGGUCAGAUUAUCACCAUCAGCCGUCAGCUGCCCAGAGACGGACCAUUUAGGACCUACAGAGACCUGCAGAACCACUGGAACCGCCUGUAUGGUUACAGACUCCCUGAGCUUGCAGAGGAAGAGGUGGUGUACUGCAGCGUCUACUUCAGACUAGUGGGAGAGAGACUCUUCACCUACCCUCUGAGCUGCAUCCGCCUGCAGCCGGUGCAGCGCUGCCCUCGGGUCGACCUGCAGGGGGCGCUGGGCUCCUUCCUGUCUGCCAUCAGGUUUAGGCUGCAGAGCGUGUGUGGCUUCCCUGCGCGUCUGACCAGCAAACCCUGUUACCACACAGUCGCUCUGAAGACUGCUGCGACAGUACAGGUGUUGCGUAGUGAGCAGAUCAACUUGACCACCUCCUCCUCCAUGAGGCUGGUCCUCACCCAGCUCCCCGCUCCUCCUCCCCGACCUGAGAAGCCACAGCCUCCAGCCUGGGCCCCUCUCUCCCAGCAGGACGGAGCCCAGACACAAAGUCAAGGAUGCAGAGGAGACGGAGACUGGCCUACAUCCUCCUCCACCUCCUCCUCUUCCUCACGUGUUUCUCUCUCCUUUUCUGAUUCCUCGGGUUACCGGUCACCAGCUUCUUCCCUCACCUCCUCCUCCUUCUCCACCCUUUCUUUCUCCUCCGUCCUCUCCCCUCUACCUCCCCCGAGUCAAACCCCGGUGACCCCUGCUCCCAAACUGGUUCCCAUCUUCAAGAACAAGUGUCCUUCGCGCCACGUCAACGUCGCCCUGCUGCGGGUGAAGAAGCAGAGGGAGCAGCUGAGCGGAGGAGGGGAGGAAAGGGGGAGGUUGACACUACCUGCCUCUUCUUCUUCUUUGUCAGCUGCAUCCCUCCCGCUUCCUCCUCCAACCGUUCCUCGCUUCCACCGUCGCCCCAAACACAGCAGCACCGCCCCUAAACCGGCAGGUCACCCCAAACUCAAACACCUCCCGAGCCUCAGCCCAACGUCAAAGUCUAAACUCAUCCUCCCUCCAAAGCCGGAGGUCAAGCCUAAACCCAAGUCCUGCCUCAAACCCAGCGCGAGGACCAGCUGUGCAGGCGGUACUGAAGCUAACUGCGCCCGUAAACUGCAGGACAAAGCAACAACACAACCAUCAGCCGCACCACCUGAGCCGUCUUCUGACAGCUCCUGCACAGACUCCUCCACCAGCAGCAGAGCGGGAGUUGUGUUCGAGCCAAAGCCGAAGAAAUCCAGAUCUGCCGUACGCGACGUAGAUGUGGAGAAAAUGGCCAGAAGCCACCAGUUGUCCAAGCUGAACUCUGCGACUCUGCUGGCCUGGCUGAAGGGAAGAGGAGCGCUCGUCGGUGCCAAACACAAGAAGGAGGAGCUGAUGCUGAAGGUCAUGGCUCGUCUGGCCGAAGCCUGACACACACGCACUCGCACAUCAUAUCUACUUAAUCGACUUACUUCACAGUAGUAACGCUGUUCUAAGCUCCUCAUUUAAGGAUUUGAUGUAAAAUCUGGCCGUCCUAUCAGUCUGCAUCAAAGAGUGCAGCUGGAACAGAUGAGCGUGUCUCAUCUCCGCUAAUUGAGAUGCUGAAGAUUUGCCAAAAUUAAAUUCUGGUGUCAGAUUAAAGUCCCCGUGGGGUCCUCAGGAAGUGUGGUCCACUGUCGUCGUGUUUGAUUUGAAGCACCGCAGGUUGUUCAGGUCGGCGAACAGUUUAAAUCACCUUUACAGGAGUUAGGAUGCUUUAAAUCCUCUCAUGCAGCUUCAACUGAGUCAUUUACUGAGUAAAACCUUUAGCUGUUCUGCUGACGGGUUCGUUCUUGUUCAGGAGAGAUUUCAUGUGCUGUCUCCUUUAAUUCAUGUAAAAAAAACUCAAACUAAAACGAUCUACCUCUCAGAAAUACAGGCAUUAAAAGGUACGUUAUACUGUUCAGGAUGUUGUUGAAAAAAUAUUCUAUAUUGUAUUCUACCAUUAAUUUGUGCCUUUUUAUUCUAUAUUUAUUUAUACAGCUGCUGCUUCCUUGUUGUGUAAUUAUAUUUCCCAGCUGAAGCUCUGUGGAUUAAAAAAACAGUUUUAGAAAUUGCA